AUGAUUGCCAUCAAAGAAAUCGUGUUUACGAGCCCACCUCGGGCACGGUUCAACGAGAAUUACAAGUUCAAGAUUACAUUCGAGUGCAUGUCGCUGCUAGAAGACGACGUCGAAUGGAAGCUCAUCUUUGUUGCCUCGCCCGACAAUCUCGACCUAGACCAAGAACUCGACGACUGUCUAGUCGGACCCAUCCCCGUCGGCGUCAAUUCGUUUGAAUUCGACGCAAACCCACCAGACCCAACGCGUAUCCCCAAGCAGGACAUACUCGGCGUCGCCGCCAUCAUCCUCACGGGCUCCUACCGCGACCAAGAGUUUGUGCGCGUGGGUUACUACCAGAAUACAGAGUACGAUAAUGAAGAAAUGAAUGAGAAUCCACCACCCACUCCACGAUAUGACCGCUUGGUCCGCGAGCUAGCGGACAAACCCCGCGUCACCAGGUUUAAUAUUCGAUGGGAUGGAGGAAUGAUUGGAGGAUCCGCCCCAUCUGCGCCCGCGCCCAAUCAACCUCAACAGCCGUUCAACUCGCCCGUUCCAGGCGCUGCGUUCCCACGAGAGUACUCUGGAGGACCAAUCAACUCGGCAUUUGUGCCCAGUGCAAACGGAAACUCGAUGGCGAUUGGCUGA